GCUCGAGCUUCCAAAUGCAAGUUACCUUCCCCCAAUUACCGUCGUUCCACACCAUGGCAGCAUGGUGAUUGUUUGUUUGCGCUAGCAUCCUCCCUUCUCGUAUUCUCAUGAUAGCGCCAGCGCACGUCUAGCCUUUUUCCUCCUUUCCCCCAUCCUGUCGUCUCUCAACCCUCGAUCCAGACUGAGCCCCCAAUGACGCUUCGGGCGCCGCACUCAUGAGUUGGAAUCUCCUAGAGCGCUUUUUGGAAAGUGACCAUUUCAACCGGGACCCGAGCCUGUGUAUAGAAUAUCUAUCUCGUUACGCGGAACAUGUCGGCAUACACUACGUGCUGUGCAACAAGCUACGCCAGUUCACGUACGAGGAGCUCGAGUUCUUCCUCCCGCAACUAUGUCACCUCGUCGUCAGCAUCGACAAUGAGUCGAUGGCACUCGAGGAGUUCAUCCUCGACCUAUGCGAAGAGUCGGUCAACUCAGCGCUGUUGACCUUCUGGCUCUUCCAGACAUAUCUGCAUGACCUGUCGUCGAAUCCGCAGUCGGUGCAUUUCAAGACCACGAGACGGAUAUACAACAAGGUGCAGCGGAUUGUGUUUGGCGCUUCGGAGGGUUUACACAGGGAGAAGAUCAAGGAGAAUGUGCUACCCGUGACGGUGCUGGCCAGUCUUGUACUUGCUUCUGUGGCUGCGCCGAUAUUACCACAAUGGGCUGGACCUUUGGCCGUCGCGCAGUCAAGAAGACCAAGGCCUACGGACGAUGUCAUCUCUGACGCGGUGCACAUGGCAAAAGUGUCAAGAAGCAACACAGUCGCUGGUACGGGAAGGCCGAGGACGAAGCGGAAAUCAACUGGGCCGUCCAUCCAAGGCCAUUCUGAUACGGAAGCAAGAGACCGGCGAAGAAGUGCAUCUCAGAGCGCAGAUGAACCUGCCAAAUCGCCGCAAAAGAGUGAUCCGAGGCCGGGUAGCAGCAAAGCGACUGCGCGAUCACCUCCAAAACUACGGCACAUAACCGGACUGGUAGACGAGGCAAGAAUGAGCACAUCUUCGUUGCCGGACAUCCGAUUCUCAGGCAACGUGGAACUCCCAACGCCCCCCGCGAGUGCGGGCAUGCGUCCAUCAAGGUUGAAUAGACGCAACACGACGGCUUCGAAUAGAGCCCUCACGCCCUCCGCGUUGACUCGCGAGCAGAAGAUUCGCAUGCUGAGGUCAAACUACUUCCGAAAUGAAACGGCAUUUCUCCAAGCGCUGGAGGAUAUAUCGAAUCGCUUAGUAAUCGUACCGAAACCAGCGAGACUGAGUGCUCUGCGUGCCGAACUGGCCUUGAUUGCACAAGAUCUACCUGCCGAAGUCGAUAUCCCUCUUAUCUGUCCUGCUGUUCUUGAAGACGGCAAACCCGCCCGAAGCAAGCAUCAUCGAAUUGUGCGAAUCAACCCGGCGGAGGCGACGAGCUUGAACAGCGCAGAGCGCGUGCCGUACUUGCUUAUGGUUGAAAUCCUCACCGAGGACUUCGAUUUUGACCCCGACACGGACGAAAAUCAACACCUUCUUGCAAAAAUCCUGCAGGAAAAGGGCAGGCGUCGUCGACUAUUCGACAUCACCGAUCAGGGCAGGGCAGCCGAAGCGUCAAGGGAACAAGCAAAUGAAGUUGUGGAGGACAGCGUGCUCGAGCCUGCGAACGGUGAUCUUGGCAACUCACCUCUUCUCCUGUACGAAGAUCAAGUGUCGUACCCUUUGCGAUCGAAGUCUCCUCUGCCAGAUGGCUCGACAAUGAAAGCGGCCAUGGCCGCAAGAUCUUCAGGAGCGACCACUGGCGCGAGAUCCUCGCUCACUGCCAUAUCUACACCCAGAACAUCUAACACGGAGCUCAGCAGGUCUAGCAGCCCACUGCCGCGAAAGUCGACCAUUCCACUAGCUCGUGGAGCAGACCAACCUGACGUGUCUGCUCUAGCGACGCAUAUGCGUACCGCCGCCCAGAUGCUCGCUCAGCUUGAACAAAGCGGCUCGAAACGACCCAAGGCAGAGGUGGCCGCCAUUAAGGCCAAGAUCAUCGCGAGUAUGCAGACCCUCGAGGAACAAAGCUUCUUCCUAGAGGACGGCAACGCGCCGACGUUCGAUACCAUCAUUGCAAAGGCUGACAGUGUUAACACUGAUCCUGAUCGCUUUGACGAGGCCAUCGAAGCAGGGCCUGACCCGAACCUCAACUCUGGCGCGGGCGCAGCGCGUAUGGAAAAUGACAUCAAGACCGGUGGUGUCAGCCGCCGAGGCGAUCGUGAUGAUCCCAGCGCUGCGACCUUUGGCGAAGAGUGGUCAGCGAAAAAGGAUCGCAUACGCAAGUCUUCGCCGUACGGAUGGAUGAAGAAUUGGGACUUGGUCAGCGUGAUUGUGAAAACGGGUGCUGACUUGCGCCAAGAGGCAUUUGCGUGCCAAUUAAUCCGCGUGUGUGCGCGGAUAUGGGACGCCAUGAACGUUCCCGUCUGGGUCAAGGACAUGAAGAUCCUUGUGACGGGUGAAUCAUCGGGUCUCAUCGAAACUAUCACGAACGGCGUGUCGCUGCACUCCCUUAAACGAAGCCUGACACUGGCCAGCAUCGCGGCCAACACGAAUCCACGAAAGCGGAUCGCUACGCUGCGAGACCACUUCGUCAAAUCCUUUGGCGACGUGGAUAGCGAUAGCUACGCUGCGGGUCUCGACGCGUUCAAGAAGAGUCUUGCGGCGUACAGCAUGAUCUCGUACAUUCUGCAACUCAAAGAUCGUCACAACGGCAACAUCCUCAUCGACAACUUUGGUCACAUCAUCCACAUCGAUUUUGGCUUCAUGCUGUCUAACUCCCCUGGCUCCAUGGGCUUCGAGGCGGCCCCUUUCAAGCUCACGCAAGAGUACAUUGACGUGCUGGGAGGCGUUGGCUCUCCGGGCUUCGAGGACUACAAAUCCCUGUGCAAGCAAGCUUUCCAGGCGCUGCGGAAGCAUGCGGAGAAGAUUGUCAUGCUGGUCGAAGUCAUGGGCAAAGGAAGCAAGAUGCCUUGCUUUUCCAGCGGGGUUGGCACGGUGGUGAACAGCUUGCGAGCCAGGUUUGUGUUGCAUCUGUCCAGAGAGGAGGCAGAUGCAUAUGUCGAGGAGCUGAUCCAAAAGAGUGCAGGGAGCUAUUACACGAGACUGUACGACACGUUUCAGUACAGAACGCAAGGUAUAUACUAAGACUCCCGGCGAUGAGGUGCUUGCAUAUGCAUUUUGACGACGAAGGUCACGUAAGCAGAAGGCUGCUGCCACGAUGGGAUUGGGCGGAUUGCAUUGCCUCGCAGGCUGGUUGGAUCGCGGUAUGAGCUCAGAUCUUCGCAUGGAUAGAGUAAUGCCAGCGCUCGUUGAGAUCCUUUCUCCUUCCCG